CGAACCGGCAUGUGACGGUUUUACUUUCGGUAUCGGUCAGACUGAGGAGCUUGGACAAGAGAACUACACGGUUUAACAAUGAGCGACCCUUCGCUUAAUUCUGUGACAUUCAUUUUUGCUGGGUCCAGUUUCGCGUUCUCUGCCUUGUUCUAUCACUUGUAUCGCGAGAAGCGAGAAGAGAUAUGCAAGUUGAAGGAGAUACCACAUUUUCAGCCAGAUCAUAACUUAUUGAGAAUUUUGAAAGCCUCUAACCACAAGCGACUGCGUUACGUUGCGGUGGAAGGUUUAGUGGAGGCUGAUGACAGGCCUUUGACAAGUCAAUAUGUGCCACGCUGCUAUGGCGUUGUCCAGAAGAUCACAACACUAGAACGCUGGAAAAUAUGGAGCGCCGCCACAAAUUCAUGGAUUCCAAGAUCAAAGGAUACCAAGGAGACCAAACAUACUGUGCCCUUCAGGCUGGUUCAGCCAGGCUCUUACAUGAGCGGCGUGUCAGUGAAGGUGCAGUCCCCUCUGGAGGCAUCAGGUGACUACCUGGAGGAGGUCCACCGCUCCACGUCAUAUGUCCAAGACGGUAUGGUCGACAUCCUGGUGCAGGGCUUGAGCGGAGAGAAACAGGUGGCACUGGAAGUGAGAGAGGAGAUGCUGCGGACCGGAACCACUCUCACAGGCUUUGGCGAGCUUGUCCUGGAACAUGACGGCGUCAUGCGGCUUCAGGCGCCUGAAGAUGGCCGCGAGUACAUCCUGAUCCCCGGUGACUACAAGAGUUUGGUACGGAGACAUGAGAGCUCAGCCACCCUGUGGAAAGUCAUGACAGCGGCAUGCGCGAUAACGGGUUCUGCCCUGCUGGGUGGGCUCAUCCACAGCAUGUUCAGUCCAAAGGACAACAAGAGGAAUUAACACGUCCACAGUCCCAACACGGCCAUGAAGAUUCCUCUCCUUGACCUUCUCAUUUAUGUUUGCACAGGCCCUCAUGAAACAUGAAUUAGGAUGAGCCGUUUCAUAGAGCUGGUUUCACCCCUGCACGUCCAUUUCUUUUUUCAGUAGUAUCAUAACAUGAAGAAGGAAAGGUGGAGGGUGGGGUCCGUCCAGCCAGUCCAUGCACUUUGGAGACAAAGUCAUCUCAUGUCACACAGUGUUCAUCACGGUUACCUCUGACUAUUCCACUUCUGAGACUUGGGCCAACAUAUGUUUAGUCUGAUUUCUAUAUAUAAC